GCGGCAGGCAGCGUGUCAUCUUUUCCCCUCUGCUGUGCGCUGAAUGUUUCACUGAGCAGUAGCAGGAAGAAGAUUGGGAAAAGUGCCGCAGCAGGAAGGAGAAGCUGGGAUCUGAUUGCACAGCAGCAGUAUGCCUGGCUCAGCUACAGCUAUCCGACAAGAGAGACUGAAGAAGACCAGUGCAAGGCCAGUUCCCCUUGGUUUAUUCACCAUUAAUGAGGAAGAUGAACAGCAAAAGAAUGGAAAUUCCAGAAGACCGAAAGCGCAUGACAGCUAUAAAGUGCAAGAGAAGAAAACUACCCCCAACCGCCCCUCCUCUACAGCCUCAGGACAGAACAGCACCCCGUCAGGACAUAAACCAGACCCGCCCCCUGUGCUCCGUGUUGAUGACCGACAGCGGCUGGCCCGGGAGCGUCGUGAAGAACGGGACAAACAGCUAGCUGCACGAGAAAUCGUCUGGCUAGAGAGAGAAGAGCGAGCCAGGCUGCACUAUGAGAAGCACCUGGAAGAGCGGAAGAAGAAGCUGGAGGAGCAGCGGCUCAAGGAGGAGCGCAGGCGGGCUGCGGUGGAGGAGAAGCGAAGGCAGAGGCUGGAGGAGGACAAGGAGCGCCACGAAGCUGUGGUACGACGCACGAUGGAAAGGAGCCAGAAGCCGAGGCAGAAGCAUAACCGGUGGUCGUGGGGAGGCCCUCUUCACGGGAGCCUCAGGAUCCACAGUGCAGAUCCAGACAGGCGGUCAGUUUCCACCAUGAAUCUUUCGAAACAUGUUGAUCCCGUCAUUAGCAAGCGGCUCUCGUCCUCAUCUGCAACCUUGCUAAAUUCUCCAGAUAGAGCUCGCCGCCUGCAGCUCAGCCCCUGGGAGAGCAGCGUUGUUAGCAGACUGCUGACGCCCACACACUCGUUCCUGGCCAGAAGUAAAAGCACUGCUGCCUUGUCUGGAGACGCAGCAUCUUGCAGCCCCAUCAUCAUGCCCUACAAAGCCGCACACUCUAGAAAUCCAGCGGAUCGGCCAAAACUCUUUGUCACACCGCCUGAGGGCACUGCACGAAGGAGGACCAUCCACGGCACAGCGGGCCAUAAAAGAGAGAGAGACAGAGAAAAUGUGCCCUUCCACCUUACAUCUGGCAUCCGGAGGGCUCUGUCUCCAUCCAAUCCCAAAGCAAGAUCACCAGCUUCGGCCCGGCUGUGGCUCCCAUCCAAGUCCUUGCCUCACUUGCCUGGCACUCCCCGACCAGUGUCUUCCUUGCCUCCUGGCUCAGGCAAAGCUGCUUCCGUUCAGGCCCGUCCCCCGUCCCCUGGCAACAUCCGCCCUGUCAAGAGAGAAGUCAGGGUGGAAGCAGAGAAGAAGGACCUGGAGAAGGAACCAGCGAGCGUUGCCAGUGAGCCCUCGCUCAAGGGCGGAACUCCGCUAGUGAAGAUAGAAGAAGCCUCGGGUGGAGAGGGGACUCCUUUGGAACCUGCUGACCCCGCUGUUCCAGCCACAACCCCCGUUCCAACCACGGUCCCCACUCCAGCCGUGGUCCCAGUCUCCAUUCCAGCUCCAUCACCCCCUGUGAAUGUCGCUGUUGCUCCUAAGACCUCCGCAGGCACCACUGACCCAGAAGAGGCCACAAGACUGCUGGCUGAGAAGAGGCGGCUGGCCCGAGAACAGAGGGAGAAGGAGGAACGGGAGAGAAGGGAGCAGGAAGAGCUGGAAAGACAGGAGAGAGAGGAAGGGGCCCGGAGGGCGGCCGAGGAGCGCGAGGCCCAGCAGGCCCGGGCCCAGGAGGAGCAGGCCCGGCGGCGGGCCGAGGAGGAGGAGGCCGAGCGCGCCCAGAAGCAGAAGGAAGAAGAAGCCCGCGCCCGCGACGAGGAGGCCGAGAGGGCGCGGCAGGAGCGCGAGAGGCACUUCCAGAGGGAGGAGCAGGAGCGCCUGGAGCGGAGGAAGCGACUCGAGGAGAUCAUGAAAAGAACCAGGAGGACAGAAGCAGCAGCUAAGAAAACCGUUGAUCAAAGGAAUGGUGACAUCGCCAAGGGAGUUCUCACUGGAGAAACAGAGAUAUCUGCACUCCCCUGCUCAACAAAUGCUCCAGGAAAUGGAGAAUCAGCAGCCAGCCCACACGUGAUCACUUUACAGCAAUCAAAAGUGACCACCGAGAGUUCUACCAACUUGGAAAAACAGCCAAAUGAAAAUGGAGUAGCUAUUCAGAAUGAAAAUUUUGAAGAAAUUAUAAACUUACCCAUUGGAUCCAAAGCAUCCAGAUUAGAUCUUACCAAUGAAAACCCAGAAAUUCCUUUGAAUCCCAUUUUGGCCUUUGAUGAUAACGGGACCCUCGGGCCCCUACCUCAGGUAGAUGGAGUGCAAAGCCAGCAGACUGCAGAAGUUAUAUGAACAUUUCUUCUGAAGAACCAAAGCAAAAAAUUAAUAAGAGUUUCUACACUUAGUGGAAUUCUCAUGCUACAAAGGAGCACCAUCCCCCUCCAAUUUUCUAGAGAGUGCUUGACCAUCGUUUUGAAAACUUACUAAAACCAGCUAAGGACAAGAGACUGGAUAGCUCCUCUAAUAAUUUUCACCAAUAGAAAGAAAUAAUCCGUAAUCUUCAGUACCUUAAAGUGACUUUUUCCAGUGUGCUCCUUCUUAGCAAAUCACUAUUUUUCUGUAUUCUUUAAGAGACAAGAGAUUUUGACUCAAAAAGAAAUGGUCUGACUAGGCAUGAUUUUUCACAGAUGUUUUGGUCUUUAAACCUUGACAUAUAAAAUUAGCAAAAUUAAAUUACCUUUUACAACAUAAUACUUGAAACAUAAGUACCUCUUUGCUCUACGAGGAGAGUGACUGGGGAGGUGUUUAAAUCAAGCCAGUUUGUUUCAGUGUUGUUGUAGAGCGCUCUGUUUGUGGAGGCAGAUGACCAGGUUCUUGUCACUGCAGCGUGUGCAUGGACAUCCUGCAAACCCAGCUGUCACCUUCUUCUUGCGACUCCUUUUACCGAAGUCCUGACAAGUUUUAAGAUGUGAAGAAAAAAGCACACAUUUUGUUCAGAGCAAGAAAAUGUCUUAUUGUCCUCUGGAGUAAUGUAUUUAUGCAGGUUUUUUUUCAGACAAGUAAAUUAGAAGAUCGUGACACGUGGCAGACGUGCUCUGCUAGAUGCACUCCUCUCCUCCCAAUGCUACCGUGAGAGAACGUUGCUGAUGAGUCAGGGCCGCUUCUGAAGUUUGCGUGUUGCUGCUGUCCCCUGUGAUACUGGGACUUACCUUUGCCUUACCUGAUCCCAAAUUAUGUUGGGGGGGGGAUAAAGAUUUAAUAUUUCUUUAAAUAAAUUUUAAAAAAAGAAUUCGGUUUUGCUCGUUUCAGAGCAAUGAAAACAUGAUGGAUUGCUGACCAGGUAUGGCGCCAGGACAAGGACCUUCCUGGAUGUCCUUGUUCUGAGCGGCAUCUGUCCGUCAGCUUCUCAUCUUCCUUGUUGCUCUUCUCUUUUGCUGCUGAGCCUAGCUGUACAGACUUGCACUUUCAUUUGCUAAUGUAAAUCCAGUUUUAUUUUCCCACUUAAGAGACAACUAAUGACUAAAUGUAGAAGGAGAAGGGAAUACAGAGGACAGGUGUUUAUGUGGAGUAUUUAAAAAAAAAAAAGAUAACUUUAUACCACUAUAAUGUGUUGGUUUUCUAUAAAGAAUGAUUGAUUAAU